ACCGAAUAGGUCUUUUUCCCUCCUUUUCUGCCUUCCAAGUUGACAAUCUAUGAUGAAUUACACCUAUAUUCUGGUCCAACCCAUGUUUACUGUAGGUGAUUUAUUUUCAUCAUGCUUUUUCUUAUCUUUUGGUCAUGUUUUUUGGGCCAACGAGAGAUAGGUCUUCUAGGGUAUUUGUUGGACAGUUGUGGUUUGGCUGAUGUCUGCCAUAUUUUUCUAUUUAUUUUGAUUUUCAUUCAAACCGGUCUCUUUAAUCUAGCCUGGUAGGCUGGUAGAUUCAUGGUAGGCGAAUCCCAUUAUAAGAAAAGAAAAUAAAGACCAACCAAAGUACUCCCUCUGUUGAUCUACAUAAGGUGUCCAUGCUUUUAAAAGUCAAACUUUGGCCAUAAACUUGUACAAGAAGUCUUCAUAGUUACAGAUUCACAACGAUAGGACAAUGUUUUAAAAUAUGAAUGACAUAUCGAUUUCGUAUCACAUGAUGCACAUAUUGUUGAUCUACUUAAAUCAACAGCGGGAUUGUUAUUUCUUUUCUUUGACGGAGUUAUAGAAGAUAACCGUUUUCCAGUUUGCAUCUAACCAAUAAGCAGCUGACAUUUGUUUGCCUAUUAUUUUGCCUUUUAGUGCUUCUAGACUCCACCUGCACCAGGUCAGAACUCUAAAGCAUGAUUAAUAAACUAUUUAUGAAAUGCUGUAUUCCAGCUGUCCCUUUUCAUACAAAAAGUGAGAAGAUGCAUAGUUUUGGAUAAGGUAAUUUAGAAAGAGACGUUGUCAUGCCAGCUUUUAUACAACCUUCUGUUACAUGCCAAAUUUGGUUUGUCAACUCCAAAGCACCUAGUUGUUAAAAAGAUACUCCAUGAUUGCAAGCUUAUUGUCUAAUGGAAUAUUGCUUCAUCCACAUGGUUUAGAACCAAGCAUAAGGCCUGGGCAAGAUAGCUCUACCAUUUACUGAAAUUGCUUUAAUGUAACCGUGUCAGUUUUCUUUUACAACUUCCUAACUGAUCAGUGUAAUAGGUUAAUUCACAUCUGUAUUUCGGUCAGACCAAACUAGCAGCUGUAUAUCUUUUUCUUUUUUGAGACUAAGCUGUAUAUCUGCUGCCAUAGUUCCCUUUGCAGUACCAUCAAUCCAGCUUGGCAGCAUGUAUAUCUAUGUUCAGCCUUGUAAAGCUUUAAUUUUUUUCUAAUCAAUCUACCUCUGGGUGGUUGAUGCAUACAAUAAGUCAAGAGCUGGCAGGUUUUAAAAUAUCCAUUACACAGGAAGGAACUCCAUGUGGUCCCCAUUUUUAAAAUAAAAUGGAGUCAGUUUAAAAUAUUGGUAGACUAUCAGCUUGAUGGUUAUAGAAAUUUUUAGAUACAUUUAGCAGAUUCAGGGUCCCCCUCUAGAGCCAUAGCUCCCACCUACCCUCCCAUAUGCACACAACGAAUGGAACUUCUUUCCAUUCUUAGCCCCUGCAAUGACCCUUGUAUCACAUCCUUGCUUAAGACUUUAAGCCCUGUUCUUCUCCGAUUCCAUUCUCCGAAGAAACAAUAAUAAUUGUGUAUUGGCUUGCAUAUUCCUAGAAGACAAAUUCUCGCUAAUAAGGAACCUUGGAAAAUAAGACACUCCAAUUAUCUCAACGACUGAACAACAACAACAACAAAGCCUUUAGUCCCAAACAAGUUGGGGUAGGCUAGAGGUGAACCCAUAAGAUCUCGCGACCAUCUCAACGACUGAACAAGAGCAGGAAAAAUAUUUCUUCAAUAUCCAAGUUAGAAUUGGAUAGGCCCAUACACUUCCCCAAUGAUAUGAUCAAAGGUCCAUCUUAAUGGACUGAGGUGGAUCAUCCAAGGGGUAUUGCACACGGCCAUACAGCAAUAAUGAGUCAGUUUCGCAAUGGAGAAGUUCCUCGGUUUCUUUCAUCAGAUAUUAAUAUAGUACCAGUACUCUCUGAAGUCAUAGUUCCUAGUUUUCCAGAGUAUAGGACAUCUUACAGUCAAAGGGAUCUGUGCAGUAGUUCUAUCACCUCAUUCGAUACCUUAUGUCAGCCAUAUGUAUCACCUUCCAAUUUCACUUCAGAUCUUCGUAUCAACAAUGGAUCACCUGGAGGGAAACUGUCUUUUGGAUCACAUGUUACUGCAAUAUCUGGUUGUGACACUUCACUACCAUCAGCACAUUCAUCAUACACGGGUAAUCCAGAUUAUUUGAGGAUGGCCUAUCCCAAAGUAUCUGAAGAGAUAAGGUGGGGUCAAGAACCACUCCCAGGAGUAUUUGAAUAUCCAGCAACCAUUGAUGUUUCGGAUCGGCGAAACGUGAUUGUUAGCCAGCAAAGCCAAGAGAUCAUUACAAUUGAUCAUAUUACCCACCUUGCGGAGCAAAAAGAGUGGUACUCAUCUGGGAGUUCAGAGCAAUUUCUGAGAAGUUCAGGAUCUGGUGGAUCUGUGCUUAAGGCAGCUGAUGCAAGUACAACACCAUCAAAUUAUGCAUAUUUUCAUGGGCAGAAAAACAGAUCAAAUUCUUUCAACGUGGAUGAACUUUGCAGUGACAAUUUACCUUCUUCAGACACUACUCCAACCAAGUCAAGGAUGCGCUGGACGCCUGAGCUCCAUGAGAAGUUUGUUGAUGCCGUUGACAAGCUUGGUGGAAGUGAAAAAGCAACUCCAAAAGCAGUCCAGAAAGUUAUGAAGGUUGAAGGGCUAACUAUAUACCAUGUAAAAAGCCAUCUACAGAAGUAUCGUACAGUUCGCCAUCAAUCUGAAUCAUCUGAUGUAGGCACUUCAGUGGAAAGAAGCAACCACAUGGAUGAAGUUUGCUCCCAGAACAUCAAACACAUGGAGGCUAGUGAAGGGCUAAGAACUCAGAUUGGCUUGCAGAAGCAACUUCACGCACAGCUUGAGCUCCAAAGAAAGAUGCAGCUGCAAGUAGAAGAACACAGCAAGUACCUGGAGAUGGUGAUCGCGAGGCAGGGCGAGAGCCUAAAACAGCUCGGUGCACUACCGAGGUUCCAGCAUUCAAGCACCCCGGCUGUGGAUCACAAGGAAGCAUACAGAGAACAAACGGCAGACACCGAUUCGGCCGAAGGGAGCCAUCCGGAAAAGGAAUAAAUGCGGAUAAUUUACUCGGAAUUGCAAACAAAAGGAGCCAGCUAGAUCGGAGACAAGAGUAGCUCAGAAAGUGAGGAUCAUAGCCUAAUCUAAUUUCCGUCUCGGUUGAUCUUUUUCAUCAUGCAAUGUAAUUAUUGUGGGCUGACUUUGCUGCACAGAUUUUUUGAUUUGGAACGCAGUACAUUUCUUUCUUCGUAACAAAACUAUGAUCACACUGCAGUUUAUGUAUAUUUGAUCGAUGCCAGCGCCGCCCUACAUGAGCUCAUGGCCUCUCUGGAAUGCAUGAAUUUAGCAUGGAACGGCUGCACAUGAGUGCUUUAUUUU